AUGAGCACUCAAAUUCCGAUGGACCCUCCAAAACUGUUCUGCAUGCCAGCUCGUCCACUAGUCUGUGGAUUGGCACUUUUUGGAGCGAUUCGAAGUUUGAUUCAAUUUUUCAUAGCACAUGGAAUUACUGUCGGACUUUCGCAUAUUUGUGUGUUGCUUUUAGACUUGCUUCUGCUGUUUGGAGCAUACAAAAAUGAUGUCUUUGCAUUGAAAUGGUCACAGAGGGUUACUUUCAUGUGCGUCCUUAUCUCAAUCGCACGUUUCCUGAUCUAUCCAGUCGUUUUCGCCAGUUACAUUGCUUCUGGCCUCUCCAGGAACUUCACAGGUCUCGAUGCAAGUGAUAUUGAAAUGAUCUCAAACGUUACAAGCGCCAAAGAUAACUUUGUAUUUGGAAUGGUCUCCGGAUUCACUCUUGAAUUUGCCACUGGACUCUCUAUUGGAGUCGAAUGCAUGAAAUACUUUCUCGUUCACCGUCUCUGGGAGUAUGCAAAGGCAACCGAAGCCAUUUCUUCCAGUCGUUACGUUAUCCCAUAA